CGUUCAGUCACACAACGUUCAGUUCAGCUUUCAAGUCCCAGAGCUUAUUCAGUCGAUCGCCCAUGGAGAACCCAAAUAACGCAGGACUACCCAAAAUAAAGAAGAAAAUCAAACACCAGACCCCAGAAGGCUUAUUCCGCUUCAAUCUUGACUUCUGCUCGAAGAAGAAAGACCUAGCUGGUGCAAUCUCUCUCUAUAACUCCGCGUCUUCGCAGAAAAUUCGCCUCAAUUCCUACCACCUCAAUGCCCUUCUCUACCUCUGCUCCACCUCCGUUACAGAUGCUUCAUCGAAAGAUUUGGCAUUCGAGUAUGGGUUUCGCAUAUUUGAUCACAUGCUAUCGAGCAAAAUCGAUCCCAAUGAAGCCACAAUCACCGCUGUGGCUAGGCUUGCCGCCGCAAAGGGGGAUGGUGAUUUUGCUUUUGAAUUGAUUAAGACAAUGGGCAAGUAUAAUAUUUUGCCGAGACUGCGCACGUAUGGUCCAGUUCUGUUCUGUUUUUGUGAAAAACUGGAGGCCGAUAAGGCGUAUAAGGUCGAGGAACAUAUGGUUGUGAUGCGGGUGAAUGCGGAAGAGCCGGAGCUUGCGGCGUUGUUGAAGGUGAGCGCAGAGACGGGAAGGGCAGAGAAGGUUUAUGAGUAUUUGCAUAAGUUGAGGAACUCGGUGAGGUGUGUGGGUGAGUCGACGGCAGAGAUUGUCGAGAGUUGGUUUUUUGGUCGAGUGGCUUGUGAGGCGGAAGGGGUCAAUUUGGGUGCCGACCAGAUUAAAGAAGCUGUUUCCAGCAAUGGGGGUGGGUGGCACGGGUUAGGGUGGAUGGGAAAGGGUUCAUGGGUCGUCCGAAGAUCAAAUGCUGAUUCCGGUGGGCGGUGCUGCGCGUGCACCGAGCAGCUGGUUUCUGUUGACAUUGAUAGGGAGGAGACAGAAAAGUUUGCGCAGUCAGUGGCUUCAUUGGCUAUGGAAAGGGAAGUAAAUACAAAUUUUAGGGAGUUUCAGGUUUGGCUGGAUGAACAUGCUAAUUAUAAAGCUAUAGUGGAUGGAGCAAAUAUUGGACUCUACCAACAGAAUUUUGCGGAAGGUGGAUUUAGCAUUUCUCAGCUUGAUGCUGUUGUGAAAGAACUGUAUGAUAGGAACCAAAGGGAAUGGCCGCUUGUUAUCUUGCACAAUAAACGUCUACGGGCACUUAUGGAUCAUCCUUCUAAACGAAAGCUGCUUGAAGAGUGGGUGGCUCAGGGCGUGCUUUAUGCAACACCAAAUGGUUCCAAUGAUGAUUGGUAUUGGCUCUAUGCUGCUGUGAAACUUAAGUGUUUGCUUGUGACGAAUGAUGAAAUGCGAGAUCACAUUUUUGAACUCCUUGGAAAGAGCUUUUUUCUUAAGUGGAAAGAAAGACAUCAAGUUCGAUACACUUUUGUGAAAGGUAACCUAGAGCUUCAAAUGCCACCCUCAUAUUCUUUAGUCAUCCAGGAAUCAGAGAAAGGAUCAUGGCAUGUACCCUUAGCAACUGAAAGCUGUGAGUCCUCAAGAACUUGGCUGUGCAUCACCAGGCGAAGUUCUUGUAAAGGUGGCAAUGGUCCUGCAAAUACAGAAACAUCUAAAGUUAGCGGUCAGCCUCUUUGCUGCAAUCAUAAACUAUUGGAGCCAUGCACCGCUUGGAGUACUGCUGCUACAGGCAGUGGUUUACAUGAUGCUGCAGAAUCCUUCCAGGUUUCUAAUGGUGAAAAUAAAGUUGCUGCAGUCAUGACCGGAGCCCUAAUAGUUGAUGAGAUCUCUCUCUAUGAAUCACAAUACCAAAGCACAAAGGAAGUCCCUCAAAGAUCGUCUCAAAAAGGUGAUUUGUCUCGUGUAAAAAUAAAAAUAAAGAACGUGGAUUUGCUUUUAUUUGUGUAGCCAAGAUUUGAACUUGAAAUAAGUUGCCCUCGUAUGACUCUUUGCUGUAGAAGUACUAGUCGGCGCUCUUGCGUAUUCUGAAACUUGGGACCACAUUAUUGUUCUAUUGACCUUGGUUCGCUAAUUUAAGCUUUGUUAUUUUCAACCCUC